CUGGACUUGACAAAGGAAAAGCAAUGUACCUUAAUUUUGUAAAGGCGGAAACAUCAACUCCUUGUGGUAUACCAAUCAGAGCUGUCCUCACUAGUUACUACAAGAGCAAGCAUUUCCAAUGUAGACCUUAUGAUCCAUUCAACGACUUAACCAGUCCGAUCCAAACCAUCCUUUGUGAAGACAGCAACCAAAGCAUGUACUGUCAGCUACUAGCCGCUCUGAUUCAGCGCCACAAAGUGAUGCGUUUGGGAGCUGUCUUUGCUUCAGCGUUUCUCCGUGCAAUCUCUUAUCUUGAGCAGAAAUGGAGUGAGCUCUGUGAAGACAUCCGCAGUGGUCGUCUGAAUCCCAUGAUCACCGAUCCAGGGUGCCAAACCGCAAUGUCUAGUCUUUUAACGUCGCCGAAUCCAGAGUUAGCUAGCGAGAUCGAAGAGAUCUGUAGAGGCUCGUCGUGGAAAGGGAUUCUGUGUCAGCUCUGGCCUAAAGCAAAGUUCAUCGAAGCAGUAGUGACGGGCUCCAUGUCUCAAUACAUACCAGCACUUGAGUUGUUUAGCCAAGGCAAGAUUCCAUUGGUUUGUCCAAUGUAUGCUUCCUCUGAGACUUACUUUGGAGUCAACGUGGAACCACUCUCCAAACCAUCCGACGUUGUUUUCACUCUCUUGCCUAACAUGUGCUACUUCGAGUUUAUCCCUCUCGGCAAAAACGGGACACUCUCUUUUGACCUCGACGACGAUGAGCAAGAGAGAAGGAGAAUGAUUUAUCAAUUGAUUUUUGUUUGACAUUUUUUUUUUUUUUUUUUUCUNU